CACCAGGAUCAUUAUAACAUACACGUUCACUGAGGAAUUGCCACAGUUAUACGGAUGAAACUGUGUCUUACUGUUAGAUGUUCCAUUCCCGGGUCUCCUGAUAGGAUGUUGUUUUAAGGUGGCAUGGAUGACGUUUCGCAGACAGAAAGGAUUAAAGGAUGUCACGGUGCAAACAGAUAUAUGAGUUUAACGUGACACUCUUAAUUGUGUUCAGGACAAACACAUGAUGGCAAGACCAGAACAGACCUGACGCAACCCUUUGUUCGCGAGGACAUGAUGGAAGAAGACACCAUGUUUUGUUCGUUAAAAUUAGUUCUGGAGAUAAGCGAUAAUACCACUUUAAUAUGACAUCGUAUUCAGUCUUCAACAUUAACACUGUUACAGUGUCCACAGUGACGACAGAGGCUCCCGCUACGGACAUUCCUCUACCUGCAAUCGGAUACAAUGUCAUGGGUUCAGUCUUUUGUACUGUCUCCGUCGUCGCCUUUUUCGCCAACGGAUGCGGAUUACUUGUGUUCCUCAGAAAUAAGACAUUACGCUCGCCGACAAAUCUGUUCAUCAUGUCGUUAAGUAUAUGCGACAUUCUGAUGGCAAUUUUCUCAACCAUUUCAUGUGCCGCCAGCUUCAGCCAUGGAUGGGUGUUUGGCCAUGUGGUCUGUGUUCUUGAAGGUUUCAUGGUGUACUUCCUAGGCCUUACCUCCAUGUACCUUCUGGCCGCCAUAUCAGUUGACCGAUACAUUGUGAUGUCGAAGCCCCUCUUGUCCUAUAAGAUUACGCAUCGAGUGGCAGCCACUGCAAUCUCCGCGUGUUGGGGGUUGGGCUUCUUCUGGGCUGCUCUUCCUCUGGUAGGGUGGAAUCAGUAUAACUUGGAAGGAGUCGGGAUUUCUUGUAGUAUUGUAUGGCAGAGUGAAGACCCCGUCAACAUCAGCUACAUCAUCAUCAUCUUCUCCUUCUGCUUCAUCUUCCCCUUGUGUCUCAUGGCCUUCUCCUACUACAAUGUUUACAUGACGGUCCGGAAUAUUGCAAAAUGUAAUGUGUGGGACUCAAAGAGUCGAGUGGCCAGAAAGAAUCUCAGACUGGAACAAAAGUUGUUUAAGACAUGUUUGCUCAUGGUUUGCGUGUACCUGCUGUCAUGGCUCCCAUAUACGGCUGUAUCUUUCAUGUCGGCGUUUGGUGCAGGAGAUAUUAUUUCCCCUUUGAUGGCAACGAUCCCGGCUCUUGUUGCUAAGUGCAAUGGAUUAUGGAACCCUGUGAUUUACAUAGGCACAAACGCUCAGUUCAGGAAUGCUUUCUGUGAACUCCUACCGUGCGCGACAUUGAGGAAUGAUGCGGACAGCAAUACUGAACCGAGACAGGCGUCUUCGGAGGCCAGGAGUUACAGAUUUGGGUUCCUUAGUGGAAAGAAAAGCCAAGCCGGUCAGACGUUUGGUCUUACUUUAAUGAAGGAUAGUAUCGCUGUCGAUCAUACUGUUGUGGAAGAAUUAUCACCAAGGGAGUCUCCGGUCAAUGGUAGAUGUGUAAUACAUAGAGCUGAGUUGUCCGAUUUAAGUACCGGAAAUAUAGCGGAUAUUUAAGUGCAGUUAUUAUUGAGAAGCUGAUCAAAACGUGAUUCCUUACUAUAAUUGAAGAAAGAGUAUUGUGUCAUUUAUGUCAACCGUGACGUUGUGCCCAGUGUAAGUACUGACGAACAUUCCAUGUAUGUGAAAUAGAAUCACCAUAGUAAUGCGAUCUGCUCAUAAUACCUGUUGUAAACGAUACUUGCAGAUAUGUAAAUGUGCAAAGGUUACAAAUCGU